AGGCAGCCCUGGUGCUCUGGGGGAAGACCAGCCACCUGUGAUUCAACACCAAGAGCUUGGCCUGUUCCACUUGCCUGGCCGCGGUCUGGUUUCAUGGAUGAUCCAGUAGGAACUACCACAUUGAUACUCCCACUGCCCAGAAAAGACCUUUAGACAGACCCACCUAUGAUCUAUGCAAGAAUGCACCUAAUAUCUCUUUCACCUCCUGUUCAUCUGGUCGCAGGGAUCUCUGUCCUGCUCCUCUGCAUCCCUUCCAAUGAUGCCUUAAUCCGCGCAGUGUACAACCACAAUGGCAUCAGCCAAGAUUUUGAUGCCCUGCCUUCCCAUUUUGGACCUUCUCUCCACCGCGAAGGUCUUCUGGGUCACCUUGUGGAAGCCAAGCCAGCCAACGCCUGCCAACCCAUCGACACCCCGCCGCCGGCCAACAGCUCCUCCACUGCCUUCAUCGCCCUCAUCCAGAGGUACGACUGCCCCUUCACCACUAAGGUCCUUCACGCCCAGCAAGCCGGGUACCACGCCGCCAUCGUGCACAACGUUGACUCGCAGGCUCUGGUGACCAUGUUGGGUGAGAACGAGGCCGUGAAGGAGUCGGUCAGCAUCCCUUCCUUGUUCAUCAGCGAGUCGGCUUCCACCCAGCUCAGGAGGAUCUUCCAUUAUGACCAAACCGCUUACAUCAUCCUUGUCCCUGAAUGCCAUUGGCUGUCCUGCUGGGAUGCUGAGCCCAACUGCCAAUCACAUCCUCAAAGGUCUAGGCAAGGCCUCCUGAAGCAGACAUUCCCUUGCCUGCCGACGCGCUGCCGCUUGUUCAACGGCAUCCAUUACCUCCUGCUUGGCCUCACCCUGGUCAUCUGGGUGGUGGCCUUGUAUGUCCUCUGCUGCUUGUAAUGACUUUGGGGUUCGGAAGCCAGCAUGCAGCUAGACAGAUGUUCCUCAAGGCACUUUAUUCGGCGAACUUGCAAAAUUAAUACAUUGUCCACAAAUGAG